GGAUUCUGCCUGAUGGGCCGUCAUCGUCAUCCUCAUCGUCAUCAUCACUGCCAACAAGGCUGAGAUAUAGCCUUGCGACUGCUCCGACAAUCCAUCCGUUUCUUCCUUUUAUCCAACUCAAAUAUUAUCAAUUAUCAAACAGACUCAUUCAACACAACUAACCAACAACCACAACCAUGCCCCGCCAUACCCAAGAAAUCCCCCAAUACUACUUCGCAUUCGGCAGCAACAUGCACCUCACACAAAUGGCCUCCCGCUGUCCCAACAGCGGAGUCUUCGCAAGGGGCAUUCUGCGCGGGUACAGAUGGCAGAUAAACCAGCGCGGCGUCGCGAACAUCGUGCGGUGUAAACGCAGCGAAGAACCACAGUCCGUCGUCGAGGGGAUCCUUUUCACGGUCAGCUCGAGCGAUGUCCGUGCGCUGGACCGCAGCGAGGGAAUCUCGAAGCAGUUCUAUGAUAAAGCGCUGUGGCGGGUGGAUGUUGAGCCCUUGGCUGUUCCAGAACUGGAGGGGGAGCCGACUGCUCUUGCGGCGGAGAAGUUGAAGGUGUUGCAGGCACAGAAACCGAGCUCGGCGCGUGAAGGGACUGGUGUUGAGCAAGUGGAAGCAUUGGUGUAUCUCAGCGGACUGUUUAGGAAGGAUGGGCUGAUUCGGAACGAGUACGUCCAGCGUAUGGAGUUGGCGAUGUCUGAUGCGUCGAAGCUCGGCGUUAGCGAGAAGUAUCUACAGGAAUCGCUGUAUCCGUUUGUGUUUGGUGAGGGUCCAGCAAUGGUCAGUCCUGCUCAGCCUGCGCAGGAGGAAGUUGACGAAAAGCAAGGGAAAGGGUGUGGCAGCCCGGAAGACAACGAGCUCGGCCAAGGCAGGACAGAAGAGUCGGAGUCAAAAAGUUAGACCCAGGAGGGAUUAUAUUGAAAGCAUAUUGCUGACGGACGAGCAGCGCAAGACACGGCAUCAUCGGCGACACAGCCUUCCAAGCCGUGAACGACCCAAAGCGUCGAAAGGGC